UCAUCACAGACGGGACUGAACUGCUGGAGGCGUUUCUCCCGGCUUCUUUCUUUCUCUCUCUCUUUUUUUUUUCUUCUUUUAAAUUGAAACAUCUCUCCGUUGUUUCUGCGUCGCACCACGAUGAGCAGUGAUGGCGGGAGCGCCGGGCCGGUGGAAGUGGAGCCCAUGCCGGGGUACUGGGAGCUCCUCAGCCGAGGGUCCAGCGUGAUGCUGGGCGCGUGGAGAGACUGUGGCACCUGCGGUCUGGAGCUCUCCAGACAGACCCUUCUGGAUAACGCUUACAUCACCUGGACCGAGAUCGCCCUCUUUUUCUUUUGUGCCGUUUUGUGGACGAUGGUCAGGCGGGCACUGACAGAAAGUCUGUUUGAGCCACUUGCACGGUGGUUCAGGCUGCUGCCCAAAGAUGCUGCCAAGAUGCCGGAGAGCACGUGGAAGCUGGUCUUCUACACCAUGUCGUGGUCCUACAGCAGCUACUUGCUCUUCUUUACUUCCUACACCAUCUUCCAUGACCCUCCUUCUGUCUUCUACAACUGGAAGAGUGGUAUGACAGUGCCUACAGACAUCGCUAUAGCCUACCUGAUCCAGGGCAGCUUCUACGGCCACUCCAUCUACGCCACAAUCAACAUGGACACAUGGAGGAAGGACUCCGCAGUCAUGGUGGUCCACCACAUCAUCACACUGGCACUCAUAUGCUUCUCUUACGCCUUCAGAUAUCACAACGUGGGGAUUCUGGUGUUAUUCCUGCACGACAUCAAUGACGUCCAGCUGGAGUUCACCAAGCUCAACGUUUACCUGAAAUCCAGAGGAGGCGGCUAUCACCUGAUCAAUGACAUUCUGUCCAACAUGGGCUCUGUUAGCUUUAGUAUCACCUGGUUCUGGUUCCGCCUCUACUGGUUCCCUCUUAAAGUGCUGUAUGCCACAUGUGUGUCCAGCAUCCAGUCCGUCCCCAACAUCCCCUUCUACUUCUUCUUCAACACUCUGCUCUUCGCCCUGCUGCUCAUGAACAUCUACUGGUUCUUGUUUAUUGUGAUUUUUGUAGUGAAGGUGCUAAAGAUGAAAGAGGUGAACGAUGUUAGGGAGUAUGAAGACGAGGACGGCAGAAAGUCAGAAGCCGAGCUGCUCCAAGACAAAGAUGAUGCUGGACAUCACAACUCUGCUCAGAGGAAGCACACGCACAAUGGUGUGACCAAGGACAAGCAUCUAUAACAGGCUCUCCAUCGCCACCGCUUGGCACGUGGGAGACGCCAACACCCUCCUCCAACAUGUGUGUAUGAACAGAAGAGCACCAGGAAAAAAAUAUAUAGAAAAAAAGAAGGGAAAUGUAUUUUUUUUCUGAUUUUUAUUUGUUUUUA